AUGUCGUCUCUGCGCGGAGUAGGAUUGUUCAAUAACCCUCUAUUCUUCAAGGACGAGAAAGAAGACGGUACAUUCCAUACGUUUUGUUGGUCGCUUUCGUCCCACAGCGAAGAUAGGAUAAACUACAUAUGGCACGUUUAUUCGAAUUUCCAACCGGAACCGGUCUUCGGGCUUUACCAGCAAUUCCGGUACCACGGGCCAUCACCUUUCCCAGCCGGUGACUAUCUAUUCUAUGCAGAGCUUGGCAGUCGCGCAGUAUGGAAGCAACUCAAGUCGUCCGGCCUUUUUGCCUCGCCCUACUCCUCUAUGGAUCUGUAUACUGCUUUCGAACCGGACAAGUCCAAGUCUAGUACGACUAUCGUCAUUGCCAACAACGUCCUGGCGACGCACCUCCCCAUGCAGGUACCACUCACCUAUGCUCCCCAAGUUCUCGGUAGCCAUAUUCAACCUCACAAAGGCCCCUUUCACGAUCCAACAGAUACGCCUCCCUCCUGCCCUGUCUCAACCCCCGAGUCCACUCAAUACUCUGACGCAUCUAGCGAUACUUCUGUCGAAACAUGCAGCAGUGACUUUAAAGCAGAACAUGUUCCUCGCGGUUCUGGGCAAUACUUUUACACAGCCAAAGAUGGCCAAGUGUCACUAUUUAUCCCGGACUACCUGAAGACCCUAGAAGAUGUCAAAGCAUAUCUUGCUAGUGCACUAAACUCGGGUGAUCUAGAUAGAGGUACACGACGGGUCAGGUGUUCCCUUUGUUGGAAUAAACGUCAUAAAAAGGACAAUUUAUGGGAGGUCAAGCCCUCGAACCUCGAGCGUCAUAUUCUGGCCCAUUUGGGUAUUAAAUGCUUCCAUUGUCGUGUCAAUGGUUGUGAAGGCGCAUUUACUACCAAGGACCAGUUGAAGAAGCACACCGCGAAAAAGCAUAUGGAUGUACAGAUAGAUACCGGAGAUGAUGGGGAUUACGAAGCGACUGAUGAGAUUACGGCUCGGGACAUGUACAUGCCGACAUCUCCCGUUCCUGUAGGACAACCAAUCGACGAAACGCUAGUUUGGGAUGUCAGUUCAUUUGAGGGCAUGGAAGCUAUGAUGCAUUUUAGUACUGAUGACGGCUUUGGUUACCAAUCAAUAGAUGCUGAUGUAUUUUCGGUCUAG